AAAAUGUGGUUAAUCGCGAUUCGGAAAAUGACAUUUGACCAAAAUGUUUUUCUCUUGUCUCCACUCAGGGGAUCAGGGGGCUGAUUACCCAGAAUCCUUUGAGGGCGGCGCCUCUGAGCAGCAGCUGUUUGAGGAGGUGGAGGUGAAGGUGGAGGAAGAGGAGGAUGAAGACUACCAUCAGGAGCCAGACUUUAGAUUCAAGGAGGAGGACGAAGACGAGCGUCUGGACGAAGACGAGCUUCAGGACGGACGCUCCAGGUUUAAGGCGGAGGAGGACGAGGAUGGCGAGGAUGAAGACUCCCGCCAGGAUCCAGACCUGAGGUUUGAGGUGGAGGAAGAGAGCGACGAAGACUGCUGUCAGGAUCCAGAUUUCCGUCCUCAUCGGACCGCCGUGAGGAGAAAACCGUCGUCCUCACAGAGCGGCGGCAGGAAGCCCGGCGGCGAGCUGAGGGUGCGGGCGGACGUCAAAGCGAAGAAGGAGCAUCAGUGUAACGAGUGUUUGAAGAUCUUCGACCGGCCGAGUCGUCUGCGGAUCCACCAGAGGACGCACACCGGCGAGAAACCGUUCGAGUGCUCCGACUGCGACAAACGCUUCAAGAGUAAGUCCAUCCUGUCGGCUCACCUGAAGACUCACGGCGGCGAGCGUCCGUUCUGCUGCCACGAGUGCGGGAAGUGUUUCCUGCAGCGGCAGGCGCUGGUGGAGCACAUGAGGACGCACACGGGCGAGCGGCCGUUCACCUGUCAGCUCUGCAGCCUCAGCUUCUUCGCCAAGAGCCACCUGCAGCGCCACCUGCUGACGCACACGGGCGAGCGCCGCCACCAGUGCGUGGAGUGCGGGAAGUGCUACAAGAGGAAGGAGCACCUGAGCAGCCACAUGCGCGUCCACAGCGGCGAGCGUCCGUUCCGCUGCAUGGACUGCGGCCGCAGCUACAGAGAGCGAGGGCGCCUCCAGCUGCACCUGAGGACGCACACGGGCGACAGCAAACGCCACGCCUGCGCACUCUGCGGCCUGCGGCUGGUGUCGGCCAAUCACCUGCAGAGACACAUGCAGACGCACGGCGGCGAGCGGCCGCACAGCUGCCCCGACUGCAGCAAGAGCUUCAGCCGCAAGGACAAGAUGAUGGAGCACAUGAGGAUCCACACCGGAGAGAAACCGUACCAGUGCUCCCAGUGCCCGCUGCGCUUCAGGUGGAGGGCGGCGCUCAACGCUCACGUCCACACGCACGCCGCCGCUGCCGCCGAGGACGAGCGGCUCUGAUCGGACGGCAGAGACUCAGCUGAUCGCUUCUCUUGUGCUGCAUUCAGACGCCGUUUACAAGAAUUUAACCCUUUAAGUCUUGAGCAAAUCGUCUUGAUUUCUUUCAGAAAUAUGGAGAAAAAAACGACGAGCAACUCGGCAAAAAUAUCCCGCAAAUUCCAAGAAAUCAGUCGAUUUAGAAAACGAUUUAAAGAUAA